AUGGCGACAAAGCUUACUACCACCGUUGAGCAACACUGCAGGGCCCUGGAACGAGCCACCACACAACUCAAAGCAUACAUAGACGAGGCGUCAUUGCGGGCAGCAAAAGCCACGGCCCACAAUACGGACACAUCCCAGGCACGCACUGUCACAUACCCAGAUGCAGUGCGCAAUGCACCACCACCACACCUAGCAACAGCAUUCGCGCAAUCCCAAGCUUGCAGGCUACAAAUCACCAUACGCCCAGAACGUGACACAACAGUCACAUGGCAAGAUCUAAACGACAGGGAAACCCUCACAAAGGUCAACAUCGCCCUAGCCGCGGCACACGAGAAUGCAAAUGACGACAAAGGGCCAGAAGAGCUAAAAGCCAGGGCAUCCCAGCGUACCCGAAACGGUGCUCUAAUCACACACAUGACAACGGCAGACGGCGCCGAAUGGAUACAAAAGCCGGAAAACAUGCAGACCUUCCUAGUAGUGCUAGGCGGCAACACAACAUACACCCCACACAACUACACUGUGGUAGCAGACUUUGUACCAGUAACCUUUGACCCGGAAUCACCUACGGUCAUUAGCAAACUGGAGGACAACAAUGGGCUCAAGAACAGACAGGUUGUCAGCACGAGAUACAUCAAACCAAAGGAAUGA